GAGAAGAGAAAGAAGAAGCUGAACAAGAACAAGAACAGAAAGAAGAAGAGACCACUUGUUGCUGUUACCAUUUUCUCUCUCUCUCUCUCUCUCUCAUCUCUUCUUAGUUCUAACUUCCCACCCUAACUUGGGAAUAGCAAGACUUUGAUUAGAGUCAAUUGGUUGUUUGGUUGGUAGUUAGUUUGAUUCAAUUCUUUCUCUCUUUUCUUUCCAUCUCCAUCUUUAAAAUUGUGUCAUUUUUUGUAUACAUAGAAUGGCACAAUUACCUCCCAAAAUCCCAAACAUGACACCCAAUUGGCCUAAUUUCACCCACCAAAGAAUACCUUCCAUGAGUAGUUUGAUGCCUACCACCACCACCACCACCCAACACCAACCACAACCUUCACAACAACCCUCAUGGGUUGAUGAAUUUCUCGACUUCUCGUCUGUAAAACGCGGCGCUCACCGGAGAUCGGCAAGUGACUCAAUUGCCUUCCUUGAAGCCCCUCUUGUGGUAGAAGAAUGCAGAAGCUCCUCAUCAGCCACAUUAAGGCCCACCAACAAUGAAUUCGAUAGAUUAGAUGACGAACAACUCAUGUCUAUGUUCUCCGACGACAUUUCAGCCAAUGUACCUCCCACGGUUUCAUCUUCUAAUCCCUCCACACCGUCAGAUCACAACAGCAUUAACGAUGACAAACAUACACCAUCCGAUCAGCAUUUAAAGAAUGAUUCCGCUGAGGUCCAGAGCUCAUGCAAACCUGACCCUCCUCCUCCUCCUCCUCCUCCUCCUACUUCUGCUAAUGGUGAUCCCAUUGUUGAUCCUAAACGGGUCAAGAGGAUACUAGCCAAUAGGCAAUCUGCACAGAGAUCACGAGUGAGGAAGUUACAAUACAUUUCCGAGCUCGAACGCAGCGUAACAUCCUUACAAACGGAAGUAUCGGCAUUGUCACCAAGAGUUGCAUUUCUCGAUCAUCAAAGGUUGGUGCUUAACGUGGACAACAGUGCUCUCAAGCAAAGAAUUGCAGCUCUAGCUCAAGAUAAGAUCUUCAAAGAUGCUCAUCAAGAAGCAUUGAAGAAGGAGAUAGAGAGAUUAAGGCAUGUGUACCACCAGCAGAACCUAAAGAAGAUGAGCAAUAACACACCAACUACUACUACUACUACUACAAAUACAACUGCGCCACCUUCUGAUACACACGGUGGUCAUGUGGACAAGGGGCGGCAACUGAUUAAUUAA